UGCAAAGUGGUGCGCAACGAUGGCUACUCCAGCUCACCCGGAGACCAGGAGAUUCACGAGGGGUCUGGGUAAACCUGGUACGGCGGCUGAACUCAGGCAAAGUGUCUCUGAAGUGGUGAGGACGUCCGUGCUGGUUCAUAGGCUUACUUGUCAUCUAGUCAAUGUGAUUCAUCCACUAGUUCUGCCAUUGGCCCUGGUUUCUCAACUGAACUAGAUGAGCAUUCAGCCAUAUUGCUGUUUGCCUGACCAUGGAAUCAGACUCUCCCCCUGGAUAUAAGACUGCAUUUGAUGUAACCCAUUUACUCCACAAUUGUUCAUCUGGCCCCCAAAAGGUGUCUCAUUUUGUGGAGUGGAAAUUAAAGGGAUUAAUUCAUUUCAUGUCAAAUCUACUUUAUGCAAAUGUGGAAAUGAAAAGAAUGAAGAUAGGAAGGAAUUUAAAAAUGCACAUAGUGGCUGAGAGGAGAACGAGCCACUGACUUGGUAAGCGAGACAGAAGCUCAGCAUUGGUUGAAGCUGCAGCAGAGCUCACACAGCAUCCUUCAUCCCCCCCAUCCCUCGUUCUCUGCUCGCUCACUCACUCUCUCCCUCACUCACUGUACCUCGUCUGCUGACUGAGGUAUUCCUACAAGCACAGAAUGGGGCAGCUAGGAAUUACAGUGAGCCUCCUCUCUGCGUGUGCAUGAACUCACAUUCACCAGUCGUCCUCCUCUCUGGAUCCUUUUUGCCUGGACUCCAGUGUUCUCUCCCCGGGUCAGAAGCAGUGGAUUUGCAGGUCGGCGUUAUAUCAUGGACCAGGCAGGAGCAGGGGAUGAUCAAGGAAACUGGGUCACUGGCAGGCUCUCCUGACUGAUGUCUGUUUGGACCUGGAGGAAUGGGGUGCACCACCAGCACUGUUGUGUUUGAUGGGCUGCGUACUGUCCUCGAGAGGAACUGUAGUGGCUACAUCUGUAAGGGAGCAGCCGAGCCCAUUGGGCCAUCUGAGGCUGAGCGAGCACUGAGUCGGAGAGAGUCUCGUGCACUGCCAACACCGAGAGUACUUAAGGUGAAACCGAAGGUGAUUGAGCCACUGGACUAUGAAAAUGUGUUGGUGCAGAGGAAGACACAAAUCCUCAGUGAUGUCCUCAGAGACAUGCUACAGUUCCCACUGGAGGACUUCGAGAUUUCGACUUUGAGGCGGCAAGGGAGAACACUUUACCCUACAGUGCCUGAAAAUGCAGAGAGGGAGGCCCAAAGUCUGUUUGUCCAAGAGUGCAUUAAGACCUACAAGUCUGACUGGCAUGUCGUCAACUACAAGUAUGAGGACUAUUCUGGAGACUUUCGCCAGCUUCCAAACAAAGUGUCCAGGCCUGACAAACUGGCUGUCCAUGUAUUUGAAGUGGAUGAGGAUGUUGACAAAGAUGAGGACACGGCCUCCCUAGGGUCCCAGAAAGGUGGGAUUUCAAAACAUGGCUGGCUGUAUAAAGGCAACAUGAACAGUGCCAUCAGCGUCACCAUGAGGUCAUUCAAGAGGAGGUAUUUCCAUCUAACCCAGCUUGGGGACGGCUCUUAUAUUCUGAACUUCUACAAGGAUGAGAAGAUCUCCAAAGAGCCCAAAGGAACCAUUUUCUUGGACUCCUGUAUGGGUGUGGUUCAGAAUAACAAGGUUCGGCGGUUUGCUUUUGAGCUGAAGAUGCAGGAUAAGAGCACCUACCUGCUCGCUUCGGACAGCGAAGGAGAGAUGGAGGAUUGGAUCAACACUCUGAACAAGAUCUUGCACAGCAGCUUUGAGAUUGCUAUGCAGGAGAAGAGGAAUGGAGACAUCCAUGAUGAUGAUGACCUUGGAAAGUCAGACAGUUCCUCUGGCAGCAUGGACAGCUUUCAGAGCUCAAGAGACAUAGAGUCUAGGAUGAGGAGCGAGACCAGAUUGAAGCUUUUCACCCUGGAUCCUGACACACAGAAACUAGAUUUCUCAGGAAUAGAGCCGGACGUGAAGCAGUUUGAGGAGAAGUUUGGCAAGCGCGUUCUGGUGAACUGCAAUGACCUCUCGUUCAACCUGCAAAGCUGUGUGGCCGAGAACGAGGAAGGACCAACAACAAACGUGGAGCCAUUUUACGUCACUCUGUCACUGUUUGACAUUCAGAACAGCAGGAAGAUCUCCUCUGACUUCCACGUGGACCUAAAUCACCCGUCUGUAAGGGCCAUAGUGCCCAAUAAUGCCAGUCAGUUUAUGAAUGGUGGAGGUGACACCCACACUGAGGGGCAACGGUUGGUCCAUGGGGUGCCAGAGGCGGCCUUAAAGUAUCCUAGACAGGGAGUGUUCUCUGUAACGUGCCCCCACCCAGAUAUCUUCCUGGUGGCUCGCAUAGAGAAGGUGCUUCAAGGAGGGAUCAACCACUGCGCCGAGCCGUACAUGAAGAGUUCAGACUCCACCAAGGUGGCGCAGAAGGUCCUGAAAAAUGCCAAGCUGGCAUGUAGCCGGUUAGGCCAGUACAGGAUGCCUUUUGCCUGGGCAGCGAGGCCUUUGUUCAAAGAUGCUUCAGGGACACUCGACAAAAGUGCUCGUUUCUCGGCUCUGUACAGACAAGACAGCAACAAGCUGUCUAAUGAGGAUAUGCUCAAGCUGCUGGCGGAUUUCAGAAAGCCAGAGAAGAUGGCCAAGCUGCCUGUAAUCCUCGGAAACCUUGAUGUUACCAUUGACAAUGUAGCACCUAACUUGACAAAUUGUGUUACCUCAACCUACAUUCCUGUGAAGCAGUUUGAUGUCAGUGAGAAGACCAACAUCUUCUUUGAAGUGGAGGAGUUUGUGCCGUCCAUAGCCAAAUGCUCUCAGCCUUUCACCACCUACAACAACCACCUCUAUGUCUACCCAAAGCACUUGAAGUACGACAGCCAAAAGUCAUUUGCAAAGGCUAGAAACAUAGCUGUGUGCAUUGAGUUCAAGGACUCUGAUGAGGAAGAGGCUGUUUCCCUGAAGUGCAUCUAUGGCCGACCUGGAGGACCCUUGUUUACCAAAAAUGCUUUUGCUGCAGUAUUACAUCACCAGCACAACCCCGAAUUCUACGAUGAGUAUAAGAUUGAGCUGCCAACUCAGCUCCAUGAGAAACAUCAUCUGCUGUUCACCUUCUACCAUGUCAGCUGUGAUAGCAGCAGCAGCAAGGCCAGCACGAAAAAGAGAGACCUAAUUGAGACUCAAGUGGGAUACGCAUGGCUCCCCCUGCUGAAGGAUGGUCGGGUGAUCAUGAAUGAGAACCAGAUCCCUGUGGCUGCCAACCUGCCUGCUGGAUACCUCAGUUGCCAGGAGGGUGCAGGCAAGCAUUCAGGUCCUGAAGUCAAAUGGGUGGACGGAGGCAAGCCUUUAUUCAAAGUGUCCACUCACCUCGUGUCCACUGUCUACACUCAGGAUCAACAUUUGCACAACUUCUUUCAUCACUGUCAGAGCAGUGCAGCUGCGUCCCAGGUGUCAGGAGGAGAGCUGGUCAAAUAUCUGAAGAGUCUGCACGCCAUGGAGAGUCAUGUGAUGAUCAAGUUCCUGCCCACCAUCUUGAAUCAGCUGUUCAGGGUGUUAACCAGUGCCACCCAUGAGGACGUGGCAGUCAACGUAACCAGGGUCAUGAUUCACAUUGUUGCCCAGUGCCAUGAGGAGGGGUUGGAGCACUACCUGAGAUCAUAUGUGAAGUUUGUAUUCAAGACUGAGCCAUACACGUCCACCACCGCCCGAACAGUGCAUGAGGAGCUGGCUAAAGCCAUGACUGCUAUCUUGAAGCCUUCCACAGACUUCCUCACGAGUAACAAGCUCCUCAAGUACUCCUGGUAUUUCUUUGAAGCUUUGGUCAAGUCCAUGGCUCAGUACUUGAUUGAAAGCUGUAAAGUGAAGCUGUCCAGGAAUCAGCGCUUCUCAGCAUCCUUUCAUCACACUGUGGAGACGCUGGUCAACAUGAUGAUGCCACACAUCACUCAGAAAUACAAAGACAACCUGGAUGCCGCCAGGAACGCCAACCACAGUCUGGCAGUCUUCAUCAAGCGCUGUUUCAACCUGAUGGACAGAGGCUUUACAUUCAAGCAGAUCAACAACUACAUCAACUGUUUUAUGCCCGGAGACCCAAAGACGCUGUUUGAGUUCAGGUUUGAGUUCCUGCGUGUUGUGUGCAACCACGAGCACUACGUGCCUUUAAACCUGCCCAUGCCAUUUGGAAAAGGAAGGAUACUGAGAUUUCAAGCUUUAUUAUCUCCAUACGAUACAGUGGAGUCACACGAUAAUGAAGUAGACCUCCAACUGGAUUACUCGCUGACAGAUGACUUCUGCAAGAACCACUUCCUGGUCGGGCUGCUUCUCAGGGAGGUCAGUGGAGCUCUGCAGGAGUUCAGGGAGAUUCGUCAGAUUGCCAUCCACGUGCUGAAGGGUCUGAUGAUAAAGCACACAUUUGAUGACCGCUACACGUCCAAAAGCCAGCAGACCAGGUUGGCCACGCUGUACUUGCCCUUGUUUGGUCUGCUUCAAGAGAAUGUCAACAGGCUGAAUGUGAAGGAAGUAUCCCCAUUCACCAUCAGCCACUCCAGCAGUAAUGGAAGAGAAGAUUCACUUCUUACCAACGCUUUGAUGACACCUCCCAGGUCCAGCACCUUUCUGGACACCAGCUUGCACAAAGAUGUUUUUGGAGUCAUCUCUGGCACCUCUUCACCUCACACGUCAUCAACCCCCAACAUUAACUCUGUACGCCAUGCAGACUCUCGUGGCUCACUCAUCAGCACUGAUUCCGGCAAUAGCCUGCCUGAAAAGAACAAUGACAAGGGCAACUCUCUGGACAAGAACCAGCCUGCUUCAGCCCUGGGCAGUACCCUCCUGCGAUGUGAUAAAUUGGACCAGGCAGAGAUCAAGAGCCUCCUCAUGUGCUUCUUACAUGUGCUCAAAAGCAUGUCUGAGGAUGCUCUGUUCACAUACUGGAACAAGGCUUCAUCUGCUGAGUUAAUGGACUUCUUCACUCUAAUCGAAGUGUGCCUCCAUCAGUUCAGAUACAUGGGAAAGAGAUACAUUGCAAGGAACCAGGAUGGGGCAGGACCCGUAGCACAUGAGCGGAAGUCUCAGACUCUGCCUGUGUCCCGUAACAGGGCAGGAAUGAUGCAUGCCCGCUUACAGCAGCUCAGCAGCCUGGAUAACUCAUACACAUUUAACCACACCUACAGUCACUCGGAUGCAGACGUGUUAAAUCAGUCCCUGCUGGAGGCCAACAUCGCUACUGAAGUGUGCCUGACUGUCCUGGACACACUAAGUAUCUUCAUCAUGGGAUUCAAGACCCAGCUGUGCUCUGACCACGGCCACAGUCCACUGAUGAAGAAGGUGUUUGAAGUCCAUCUCUGUUUCCUACGUAUCAAUCAGUCAGAAACGGCCCUCAAGCAGGUCUUCACUUCACUGCGCACCUUCAUCUACAAGUUCCCCUGCACAUUUUUUGAAGGGCGUGCUGACAUGUGUGCUGCUUUCUGCUACGAGAUCUUGAAGUGUUGCAACUCCAAGCUGAGCUCCAUUCGUAGCGAUGCAGCCCAUCUGCUCUACUUUCUCAUGAAGAGCAACUUUGACUACACAGGUCGCAAGUCCUUUGUCCGGACACACUUACAGGUGGUCAUUGCUGUCAGUCAGUUAAUAGCUGAUGUGAUUGGUAUUGGAAGUACCCGCUUUCAGCAGUCUCUGUCAAUAAUCAACAACUGUGCCAACAGUGACAAAACUAUUAAGAACACAGCUUUCCCAUCAGAUGUGAAGGACUUGACCAAACGUAUCAGAACAGUUUUGAUGGCCACGGCUCAGAUGAAGGAGCACGAGAGAGAUCCAGAGAUGUUGGUGGACCUGCAGUACAGUCUCGCCAAGUCUUACGCCAGCACGCCUGAACUACGCAAGACCUGGCUAGACAGCAUGGCCCGAAUCCAUGUGAAGAAUGGAGACCUGUCAGAGGCGGCCAUGUGUUAUGUGCACGUUGCAGCACUUGUGGCAGAGUACCUGCGGAGAAAAGGCAUGCUCAAGCAGGGCUGCUCAGCAUUCCGCGUCGUGACUCCAAACAUUGAUGAAGAAGCAGCGAUGAUGGAAGACGUUGGCAUGCAGGAUGUCCAUUUCAACGAAGAUGUCCUAAUGGAGCUUUUGGAGGAGUGUGCAGAUGGACUCUGGAAAGCUGAGCGUUACGAGCUCAUCUCUGACAUCUACAAGCUCAUAAUUCCCAUUUUUGAGAAACGCAGGGACUUUGAGAAACUGGUCCACCUGUAUGACACGCUGCAUCGUGCAUACAGUAAAGUGACAGAGGUCAUGCACACAGGCAAGAGAUUGCUCGGCACCUACUUCAGAGUGGCUUUUUUUGGUCAGGGAUUCUUUGAGGAUGAAGAUGGUAAGGAGUACAUCUACAAAGAACCCAAAUUCACCCCUCUCUCGGAGAUAUCUCAGAGGCUCCUUAAGCUUUACUCUGACAAGUUUGGACAGGAGAACGUGAAGAUGAUCCAGGACUCUGGAAGGAUUAAUCCCAAAGACCUGGACUCUAAGUAUGCUUAUAUUCAAGUGACACAUGUGAUCCCUUACCUGGAAGAGAAGGAGCUCGUGGACAGGAAGACAGACUUUGAGAAGAGCCACAACAUCCGUCGUUUUGUGUUUGAGAUGCCUUUCACCAUAUCAGGCAAAAAGCAAGGCGGGGUGGAGGAGCAGUGCAAACGCAGAACUAUUCUAACCACCACGCAUUGUUUUCCCUACGUGAAGAAGCGUAUUGCAGUGAUGUAUCAGCACCACACUGAUCUGAGCCCCAUUGAGGUGGCCAUCGAUGAGAUGAGCAAGAAGGUGGCCGAGAUCAAACAGCUCUGCUCCUCCAGUGAGGUGGACAUGAUCCGUCUGCAGCUCAAACUGCAGGGCAGCAUCAGCGUCCAGGUUAAUGCUGGGCCACUCGCAUAUGCCCGAGCUUUUCUGGACGACGCCAGCGCCAAGAAAUAUCCUGAUAACAAAGUUAAACAAUUAAAAGAGGUCUUCAGGCAUUUUGUGGAGGCGUGUGGACACGGCUUAGGCAUUAAUGAGCGGCUGAUCAAGGAAGACCAGCAGGAGUAUCACGAUGAGAUGAAAGCCAACUAUAGAGACCUAGCCAGAGAGCUGUCAAUCAUCAUGCAUGAGCAAAUCAGUCCUGUGGAAGAUGGCAUGAAGAGCGUUCUUCCAGACUCGCUUCACAUCUUCAACGCCAUCAGCGGCACACCAACCAGUGCCAUCAUCCAGGGCAUCCCCAGCUCUUCCUCUGUGGUAUGAUGAUGAUGAUGAUGCUUGCUUGGGUUAGCCUAGAACUCAGCAUCGUCGAAAGUCACCUAUGGAGCACUUCUAAACUCAAAUCCUGCUUGUCUGUCAGUCAACUUAAAGGGAAGCUGACAAAACAACUCUGACCCCCUGCCACCUUUCUCAGUGAACCAUGUCUGAGGCACUGGACCUGUUAAUGUAUGCACACGGCAUGGUGACUGUGUUAGAUGUGGCCAAUUUAAAUAUUUCCUGAGGCAAAGCCUGAGACCUGAGCAACAAGGAAGAGGGGACAAUGCAGAAAACUUUGUUCCAGCCAGAAGAAACCUGUGUUAAUACAUGUUCCGUCUGCUCCCCUCGCCUGUUUCUACCUGAAAAGACUGGGCAGCGUUUCCCAUGGAGACAUUCCUGUUGGGAUCUUUAAUAUGCAUGUCAUUAUAUCACGCCCUCACAAAGGCCCAUUUUUGUUUAUUUUAAUGUUUCACAUGGUGUUUUUGUAUGUACAGAGUUUCACUUUUAUAAACCACUUUAUUGAUGUCUUGAUGAACCGUAUAUGCUGCAUACAUCAUCGCUCAUCUUCCUGUAUAUGAAGCUAUGUUUCUACAGAAAUGCAAAUUUGCAAAAGAGCCUCCUGUGACUCAUGUUAGCAUUCAACAUUAUUUCACUUCAAUGUCUUAUGUCUAAUAUGUAAAGCCAUUGCAUACAAAAAGUAUAUUCCAAGUUGUUUAUUACUGUAUAUAAAAAAGGAGUGUGUGCAAUAUUUGCAAAAUAUCUUGCUGUGUGGGGCUCAUACACUGUAAAAAUGAUGUUCACCUUCUUGCCAAAGCGAUAAGGUGUGGAACCAAACCCUACGCCUACUGUGGAAGUAAUAUGAAGCUUUUACCAUUUUAGUGUUCAUUGAAAUCUUCAAGAAAUUGUUUUAUAUUUGGGGAGCAAUGUUUUUUUUUAUUAUUUUUAUUUAACGCAAAGUCACUGUUCUGCUGUAAACAGAUGUUCCCUAAAGCUUUUCUUUUAAAUAAAAUACACUCAGUUCUCUGCAC